AUGGCGGCCGUACAGCUUUUAGUCGAAAGAGGUGCCGAUGUCCAAGCGAUAGAUAGAAGCAACUCGACUCCGCUACACCAGACAGCAAGAUCGGGAAACAAGGAGGUAGUGGAAUUUUUGCUACAGAAUGGCGCCAAAAUUGGGUUGACAGACAUAUGGGGAAAUACGCCGUUACACGAUGCCGCCGGUUACGGAAAGGACGAAAUGGUGCAAAUUUUGCUCCAGAAUGGUGCCAAUAUCGAAUCAAGAAACGAACGCGGCAAGACACCACUACACCUUCCUUCUCAAAUAAGGGACGAAACGGUGCAAAUCUUGCUCCAGAAUGGUGCCGAUAUCGAAUCAAGAAACGAACGCGGCGAGACACCACUACACCUUCCUUCUCAAAUGUGGGGGAACCCACUGAAGACGGUGCAGAUUUUAGUCGAAAGAGGUGCCGAUGUCCAAGCGAUAGAUAGAAGCCACUCGACUCCGCUACACCAUGUAGCAAGAUCGGAAAGCAAAAAGGUAGUGGAAUUUUUGCUACAGAAUGGCGCCAAAAUUGGGGCGACAGACGCAUCGGGAAAUACGCCGUUACACGAUGCCGCCUAUUACGGAAAGGACAAAAUAGUGCAAAUUUUGCUCCAGAAUGGUGCCGAUAUCGAAUCAAGAAACGAACUCGGCGAGACACAACUACACUGUGCUAUUCAAACGUGGAGGAACCUACUAAAGGCGGUGCACAUUCUGGUUGAGAACCGUGCUAAUGUCAAAGCACGAGAUAAAAAGGGAUUGACACUCCUGGACAUUGCACGCAAGGAGAAAAAUAAUAAGAUCGUGAAGCUAUUGCCGAAUGCUGGCCGCUGA